GUGUGAGGGCCUGGACUGCACCAUCCCGGUGGGGAGCCACUGAAGGCUUUGGCUGUGCUCUUCGCAUCGGCUCCCAGGCGGAGAGUUUCCGCUGCCCUAUCAGGAGCCUUGAGGCCAGCCCCAUGUCGUCCGCUCACCCCUCAGUGAGGAGAGGGCCUUGAGCAGUGGCCUCCUCCCACCAAAUAGUGUGGAAGCCUUCCAGGAGGCUCCCUGGGCCCCCGUUAAAAUGUCAGAAAACUGGGCGGUGCCUUUAUUUAUAAGGUCAGUGUUUAUGCAAAGGCCCUUUUCUUGCAACACGAAGAUAAUGAUAAUGGCAGUCGGAUGCUCUUGGAGAAGGUUAAGUAGGAUUUUAGGGAAUACUGAGCUGGGCCAUAAAGUGAAGACACUUGUUAGCGGUUGGGGCCCUAUGUCAGCGACUGGUCACCAGAGGAAGACCCAGGGGAAGCGAAGAAACGUGGCCCCGCACCCAGGGGCGCCUGGCACUCAGAGGCAGGGCUGAGCCAGCCCAAGUUGCCAGGCCCGUGUGGUCCCCACAGCCUCAGGGCAGAACCACCUAUCUCUUGAGCAAGAGACCCGCCCACAUCCAGUUGUUUCUCUGCCAGUCCAGCUCCUCCCCAUCCUUUGAGAUCAGUCUUCCUUCUUCAGGUCAGAGGUCAUUGGUCCAGCAGCCUUCCAGACAACCCUAGGAUCCUGGAUGUUCUGUUCUCGACAGUUUUUCCAACCUGUUUUCAAACUGUCUUGUCACUGUUUUCUGAGGUGUCCACCCAUGUCCUAGUUCUCAGCAACUGUCUAAAUGAAUCCUCACUGGUUCCUAUGAGUCACUUUUUAACUUUGCAGAUAGUCACCAGACAUUUGGUUAGGAAUGAUUUUCAGAGUGUUGUAAGGUAUCACUGAUCCUCAGACACUGCCAGAAGGGAUAAAUAUCAGGUCUUCCUCCCUGACCCAUGGGUCCUACCUUCAGGUGUGUGUGUGUGUGUGUGUGUGUGUGUGUGUGUGUCCAGCGUCACUGGGGAGUCUCCGUGUCAUUAUGAUGGUUGCAGCACAUAUAAAGUCUAACCUGAUGGUGAAUGUUUUACCUUCCUCACCUGUCUGUAAGGUCAUCGUCAAUAGACAGAUCCUGUGCGGUUAUGAUGGGAGGUGCUGGCUGGGCAUUAGUAAACCUGCAGUUUACUAUUUCUCCACUAAAACACAGCAGUAGCUCGCAGUCACUAUUUAUCUAGCACAGUUGCACCGCGCGCCUUCCGUGGGCCCCUCAGUGUGCUGUGAGCAGACACAGCAGUGCCUUCAGAGGCGGAGGCGGGAGAUUUCUCCCUGGACAAUGGCGGCCACGAUUCAGGCCAUGGAGAGGAAGAUCGAAUCGCAGGCCGCCCGCUUGCUUUCCCUAGAAGGCCGGACGGGCAUGGCCGAGAAGAAGCUGGCCGACUGUGAGAAGACGGCCGUGGAGUUCGGGAACCAGCUGGAGGGCAAGUGGGCCGUGCUGGGGACCCUGCUGCAGGAGUACGGGCUGCUGCAGAGGCGGCUGGAGAACGUGGAGAACCUGCUGAGGAACAGGAACUUCUGGAUCCUGCGGCUGCCCCCCGGCAGCAAGGGCGAGGCCCCCAAGGAGUGGGGCAAGCUGGACGAGUGGCAGAAAGAGCUGUACAAGCACGUGAUGAGGGGCAACUAUGAGACGCUGGUCUCCCUGGACUAUGCCAUCUCCAAGCCCGAGGUCCUCUCCCAGAUCGAACAAGGGAAGGAGCCGUGCAGCUGGCGUCGCACUGGCCCCAAGGUUCCAGAUGUUCCCGUGGACCCGAGUCCAGGCUCAGGGCCCCCAGUUCCUGCCCCUGACCUCUUAAUGCAGAUCAAGCAAGAAGGUGAGCUCCAGCUCCAGGAGCAGCAGGCUCUGGGUGUGGAGGCAUGGGCAGCCGGACAGCCAGAUAUUGGGGAGGAGCCAUGGGGCCUCAGCCAGCUCGACUCCGGAACAGGAGACGUCUCUACCGAUGCUGCCUCUGGCGUCCACGCCAACUUCUCAACCACUAUCCCGCCCACCUCCUGGCAGGCCGACCUCCCUCCCCACCACCCCUCCUCCGCCUGCUCAGACGGGACGCUGAAACUCAGCACGGCUGCCUCCACAGAAGCAGAUGUAAAAAUUGUGAUAAAAACAGAAGUCCAGGAAGAAGAGGUGGUGGCCACACCAGUGCACCCUACUGACCUAGAAGCCCACGGGACACUGUUCGGACCAGGCCAGGCCACAAGGUUCUUCCCCAGUCCUGUCCAGGAAGGAGCCUGGGAGAGCCAGGGCAGCUCGUUCCCUAGCCAGGACCCUGUGCUGGGGCUGAGAGAGCCUACCCGGCCCGAGCGCGACCUGGGUGAUCCCAGCCCCGCAGUGACCCAGGAUGAGACCCCUCCAGGAGACUGGCUCUUCGGGGGUGUCCGGUGGGGCUGGAAUUUCAGGUGUAAGCCUCCCGCGGGCCUCAACCCGAGGAGCGGGCCCGAGGGGCUGCCCUUCUCCUCCUCCGACAACGGAGAGGCCGUGCUGGACCCUGGCCAGGCCCCGAGACCCUUCAACGACCCCUGUAAAUACCCCGGCCGGACCAAAGGCUUCGGCCACAAGCCAGGCCUGAAGAAGCACCCGGCGGCACCGCCAGGGGGGCGGCCGUUCACGUGCGCCGCGUGCGGGAAGAGCUUUCAGUUGCAGGUCAGCCUGAGUGCGCACCAGCGCAGCUGCGGGGGCCAGCCCGAUGGGGUGCCCGGGGCCGCGGGCGGCGCGCGGGACGGCAGCGGCCUGCGCUGCGGCGAGUGCGGCCGCUGCUUCACGCGGCCCGCGCACCUCAUCCGGCACCGCAUGCUGCACACGGGCGAGCGGCCCUUCCCCUGCACCGAGUGCGAGAAGCGCUUCACCGAGCGCUCCAAGCUCAUCGACCACUACCGCACGCACACGGGCGUGCGGCCCUUCGCCUGCGCCGUGUGCGGAAAGAGCUUCAUCCGCAAGGACCACCUCCGCAAGCACCAGCGCAACCACGCGGCCGGCGCCAAGCCGGCCCGCGGCCAGCCGCUGCCGCCGCUGCCACCCGCACCCCCCGACCCCUUCAAGAGCCCCGCCGCCAAAGGACCCUUGGCCCCCACGGACCUCGUGACCGACUGGACUUGUGGCCUGAGUGUCCUGGGGCCCACCGACGGUGGGGACCUCUGAGCCCCGCGCGGCCGCCCAACCCUCGGGCCCCUGCAGGCCCCUGUGUAAAGCAUCGUCUCUCCAGACGGCCGGGCGGCGUGCGCAAAGCCUCGAAGCCGGACAGAGCCUGGAGGGGAAACCAGAUUCCCAUUUGCCGAACUGUUCACUGGAGCAGGAGAAACUCCCAGAUGGCCCAGCUUCCACCUCUAAACAGUAGAAUUCUCUGGUUGUGAAACUGAGCAGCAUAGAAUCUUAAGUAAUUUAAUUACGAAACUUUUUUUUUUAAUUCUUGGAAGACAAAGCUGGAAAAUAGUAGUAGCACCAGUUUAAACUUUAACAGUGUACCUUUGGUUUCUGGAUUGCGUGUGUGUUGUGGGCUGUGUCCUUACGGAGUCUUGACAGAGCCGCCGGGAGCUUGGCUGGCCGGGGAUGUGGGCGAGGAGGCACUCGGACCUCCCUGGCCCCAGUGACCCCUGGGGGACGGGCCAGUCUCAGCGCGCACACAGCCCCAGGGGAGUGGAGACCCGGCUCUGCCUGGGGCCAGCAGGGUGCCGUGGACAUCCAGUCGCAGCUCGGGCGCAAGGACGACUGAGCCGGAGCGGCCCGGCAUCUCCCAGCACCUGUAAAGGCCCCCCGCACAAGUGCCGGCCCUGCCGCGGGCGCCUGCCACCCCAUGGCCCUGGGGCGCACGUGACUCGGGGCCUCGUGAUGGAGGGCUGUCUGAAGACACCGGUAGGGCUGCAGAGGUGGGGCAGGGGGUGCAGGGUGGAGGGUGGCGGGAGCAGAGCCGGCCACGGGGGCUGCCGUCCUCUGUUCCAGCCGGAUGCUUCCUUUUCUCCUCGUGUGGUGUCUUCUCCCUGUCCAAACGCUUCUGCUCCGAAUCUCAUUUGAUCGUUCCUGUGACCUAGUGAAGCACCCGGAGGAGCAUCCUUUCCUGUAAGAGAGGAGGCAGAAAGUUAACUCCGAGGGGGGACUCAGCUCAGCCUCACGCACCCUGCCUCCGUGUGCACAGUGAGUGCAGACAGCUAGCAAGAGCCUCGGGUCAGCCUCGGCGCACGGUCAUCCUGGACCGGCAGUCUGGGGGAGGACAGCUUUUCGCGCUGCCCUUUUGAAAGAUUUGCCCCCUGACUGCCCGAACCAGACGUGGUCAGGCCUCACACUUCAGCUGAGCCGCGGCCUCUGACCGGUGGUUGCUCUUCCUUCCCCUCCCACCCCAGGGGCCGGGGCAGGGCUUGCUUGCCCCCUGGCUGGCUGGCAUCUUGAAAGAAGGUAGAGUUAGAAAUGGGCUCAGGUUUCUUGAUCCCACCCCAACGCUGUCCCUGCCACACGAGUAUCCAUUCCCGUUUUGUUGAGGCAGACGCUGGUUCCUUGACCCCGCCAGGAUCUCCUUUCCCGCUGAGGAUGGGGAGACCACUGCUCCUGUUCAUUCAGCUCCCUUGUGUGUACUUUUAUUAGGCAAUAGACUAGUUAAGAAAAUUGUUUCUAUGUACUGUAUAUUUUGUACCUGUUUACACUUCUAAUAUUGAUAUAACUGAUAUUUUGAAAAAAAAAAAAAAUGAAGAGGAGACAUCCUGUUAAAAAUAAAACCUAACCAGCACCGAG